UUGUCGUAGGAGGUUGUGGUUGUGUUGUUUUGGUGGUGCGGAUUGUGGGAUUGUUCUCCAUCUGCAGGUUUGGGAUCUCCAUCACUGUAAAAAAAAGUAAAAUCAAGUUAAUAUCUAGCCAUAUAUAUUAAAUUAAUGAUGUUAUAAUAAGCAAUCAGACUUUCGCAGAGACCCAGUUUCAAUUGAGGUACACUACUGAGUGCAGUACAGUUUUGGGUCUAGAAACCUAAAGAUGGCAAAAUGUCUUGAGUGUGGUUCGCAUUGGUCUCUAUAUAUUGUUUUGCUCAUAUUCCUAACCAGUGUUUAUGCUGGCGCUGGUCCAUUGGUAUUGGAUGAUGCCUCUACAUGCAGCUUCACUUCUGGAACAGAAAAUUUCUUUUUUCCAAACAAAUUGCAGAGAACCAAUCAAAAAAAUAAUGUCGAAGUGCAUUUUAAUCUGUGUGAUAAAUUACCCCUCGAUAUAUGUGGUGAUGAUGUUGUGGCCUGUGUAAAACACACAGAUGGAACAGUACCUUUGAAAGGCAGUGGUUGGGUUUUCAGUAAGUAUUGCAUACAUGAAUAAUUACUAAUUUUGUAGAAAAUUGCAACUCAAGUGUAACAAGAUGGUAUGGUGAAUGUGUCAGUGCCCAGUCAGUACAAUUAGUUGGACA